GGGAAUGUGAAAGACUAUCAGCUGUGGGUCAUCUCUAAGAGGGACAACUCUCCCUAUCCUCUAAUAGGUCAUGAGUUUCCAUUCAGCGUUCAGAUGAGUCACGUGAGACACACGACAUCUCAAGGAGGCAGGGACACUGCGACACCAACUGCGGACAGACAGAGGGCGCUGCAGGUGAGCAAGCAGUGCCAGUUCAUCCUGAGGCCCCGACCCACGGAAAUGCUGCAGCAAGUAUCUGCAGACUUAAUUCAGAAGCCGUUUAAAAGGAGGCGGUCCUUCAUCACCUGGGCGUUCUGGCGAGGCUCCUCCUCACACCUGAAUGAGCUGUCACUUGCAGGAGCGCCCCGUGGCUUCCUGUUCGGACAGCCUCUCAGCUCAGUUUGUAUAGAGGACGCUCUGCCAAAGCCGGUCAUGGACAUGUUGGUGUUCCUGUACCACGAGGGUUCGUGGACGCGGGGAAUCUUCCGGCGGCCGGCGGGGGCUCGGGCCGUCAGGGAGCUGCGGGACUCUCUGGACGCCGGAGAGUUUCAACUUCCUCUGACACGCGACCAUGUCUUCAUCAUAGCCGGAGUCUUUAAGGAUUUCCUGCGCAGCAUCCCGGGCAGCAUGCUGUGUUCUGAACUACAUGAAGAAUGGCUGGAUGUUCUGGAGGAAGAGGAGGAGGAGGAAGAACAGGUGCAGGACAUACAGAGGAUGAUUUUUCGCCUGCCCAAAGGAAACGCCCUGCUGCUACGCCACCUGUUGGCCAUGCUGCAUGGCAUCCAGGGGAACGCACACGAGAACCAAAUGACAAGUUUCAACUUAUCGGUGUGCAUUGCUCCCAGCAUGCUUUGGCCUCCCGGAGCACCUUGCAGCCCUGAGGUGGAAGGAGAGGGAGCUAAGAAGGUUUGUGAACUGGUGAAGUUCAUGAUCGAACACUGUCAGCAGAUCCUAGGAGAGGACCCCAGCUCUCUGUUUGGAGGGCUGCCACAAAAGCUCAACACUGACGAGCUGGGAUCAGAGUCCUGGAAGUACCCUCUGACUGACUCGUCCUACGACAGUCUCGAGAACGAGUUGGACAACAGCAGCGGAGGGUCGCCUGGUCUCUGCAGCCGACGGCAGCUUCGAUCCAAACCUCUUCAAGGCAGCCUGGACUCCAUCCUCACGUUUAGCGACUACGACCAAGACACAGACCCAGAUACACACCACACACAAACAGACAGUCCACUUGGUCUGAAGCUAAACCCACUGCGGAGAUCCAGAGGACGGACACAGGACCCAGACCUGUCCAGCCCCAGCCAGGACUCACCGACCCUGGACACCUCCUCCACCCUGGACUCCCUGUCCCUGGAUGGACGGCACAGACAGAGGCGGCGCUCUGAACCGGCAAUCGCAUACAUGACCAAGUUCAGACCGUGUCUCACAGGGAGUACAGACGGUCUCACUGGUGAGGAUGAGGAAGAUGAAGAAAAGCCUUUACAGAAGCCAAGCAUUCACACACUCACUCACACACACUCUGGAGGUCAGAGCAGGAGAGCUGGAGGCGAGCUAAACCUUCAUGGUGGAGCUCUGGGAGCCAGCUCCUCCAGCCUCUCCUCUACCGCCACCUCCCCUGCACCCACACGCUCCUCCCUGGAUUCCCUUGACUCCCUAAGCAGUGACCACAUCUGCACAGCCAUACGGGGGCUUCACCUGUCCAAAACACGCCUGCCCUCCAUUGAUACCUCUGCAUCAAUUUCCACCGCUGUGACGUCUACAACUAGCAUCGGCUCCGUUCUGACCUCAAAUGGAUCUCCAGAGCUGGAAACAAUUCCCAAAGGCUCCCCACCCAGAGAACCACUCAACUGGGGGACUUUAAGAGGUUGCAGGGGCCUCCAUCCAAAUUCCUGGCUGAGGAAAGAUCGGAGAAUGUCACUGACCCAACAAGACAACUUAGAGAAAGACGACGAGGACAAGACUGGGGAAGGAUCCAUCGAUAUGUCGCUCACACUUGGCAAACUCGUCCCAGAAAAAGGAAAAGCAUGUGAGAAGGCAGGAGGAAAAGUCGUCUCCAGCAGUCAACAGAAGCCAAAAGUGUCCUGCAAAGAUACCAGAGGAGGGGGCCAUGUUAAACAGGACACAUCCAGCCCCCCAAGUCACCACCGCUCAACAGGGAGCCUCUACUUCCCUAAAUCUCCCUUAUGCCAUAGCUCAGACUCCAGGCAGCUCAGCACCAGCCAUGCCUCUACAGCAGGUGACAUCUCCAUCCAGAGGUGUGCAGCUGAACAUGACGUGAGCGAGCUGAAGCAGCCGUCACCAUCUUUAUUUUACAAGCACGGCCCUGCAUCUCUGUCCCUGUUUAAGCGACACAAGACUCACUCUGUAAAGGGUGAGUGUAACACCAGGCUCCAUCACCGCCGGGGGUCAGAGCCUGGACGGCAGGUGGUGGAGCAAGCCUCCACCCUCGGCCGGGCGAGGCUGCCCAGCGACCCAGGACUGAAGGUGUCUGAGGUGGAUUCGCAGGGUGAGACGUCUGAGGCCCGUUUCUGUCUCUCGCCCUGUGCCACCAAAACGGUGAGGGAGUACUUCUCCUCGCACCGGCGCAGCAACCCCCAGAGCAGCCAGCAGGUGGCGCUCGCACUGGUCGAGAGUCGCAGGGAGUGGCUGAAGAGAUGCAACGACCCCACAGCAGAGCCAGAUUUCGACCAGCUACUCUUUGCCGAAGAAUCCUACGUCUGAUUUAAUCCUAGACCGUAUUUAAAGAUGGACGACAAUACUGCUCCAUUAAAGUGAAGCCGAAGCGUCUUGAUUGGCUGACUGCAGUAUAUGUCAUAAUCCCCGCAUCCUUCAUGUUAGAAAAAGUAGUUCUUAUCAUAUUGGCGUUUUGCUCUUUUUUAUGUUAAGUUUGGUUCUGAUUAAUUAUUCAAUGGUGUAAAAUCGGGGUGAAACGUCCUGAUUGACAGCUGAGACUGACUCACGAUUGGUCAUGUGCAUGUAUUGAUGGGACCUCGCUACCACGACUCCACCCCCCCAUACAGGAUAGCAGGGUUCGUAUCCAGACUAUAUAGGCUUCACUUCUGGAUAGUGGAGGAAAGUUGAGACAUGUCGUCCAUCUUUAUAAACAGUCUGUGGAUUAAACCUGGAGUGAAAUUGGAUCAAGUAAAAAUACAACAUAAGAUGCUUUACUGCAGUAUAAUGAUGACGUCUUUGCUAUUUUCAAAUACAGAAUCAUACAGCUGCUUUUAAAACACUCAUACUCAACCCUUUCUAGUUUCAGUACAAUCCAGAGUUAAUAAGCUUUUCAGUUAACUAUGGUUCAACUCGCAAGCUUAAAGACAACAACUUCAUUAGAGGCUAAAACACAGGUUUUUAAGGCCCUUAGGCUUG